UCUUCACGUCCUUUGUCAUGACGAUGUUCGCCGAGUCCUUCAGACGGGACGCCGAGCGCGACAGACGCGUCCCGGACAAUGUGGGCGAGGAGUACGAUUUCGUGAUCGUCGGCGGGGGCUCGGCCGGGUGCGUGCUGGCGCGCCGCCUUUCCGAGGUCCGCGACUGGCGGGUGUUGGUGCUUGAGGCGGGCGCCGAGGAGCCCCCCGAGACCUCGGUGCCGUCCUUCUUCACGCACGGCAUUGUGUCCGACACGGCGCGCGUCUCGGUGACGCGACCACAGAAGAACGGCGCCGCCCCGCUCGGCACCCUGAGCGUCCGCGGCAACGUCCUGGGCGGCACCUCGGCCAUCAACGGGGUCAUCUACACCCGCGGCAACAAGGAGGACUACCGCCGCCUCGAGCACCUGGGCUGGGGCUACGGCACCGUGCUGCCCUACUUCAAGAAGGCCGAGGACAACCUGGACGAGGACGUGGCGAGCGACACGGAGCACCACGGCACUGGCGGCCCGUUGAGCGUUCAACGUCUACCUUAUCGUGACCCCAGCGCGGUGCUCAUCAAGACCGCCCUGCUGGAGCAGGGCUUUGAUGACGUGCACGACAUAAACGGGGCGUCGCAGCUGGGCCCCACCAACCGCACCUCCGCGUUCUACUACCAGACCACCACGAGGCAUGGCCGGCGGAUGAGCACCAACAGAGCGUAUCUGGAGCCGGUGCGCGGACGCGCCAACCUGCACGUGGUCACCAGGGCCAGGGUCACCCGGGUGGACGUGGUGCAGGGCCGCGCCCAAGCCGUCCACUUCGACAAGCACGGCGUGUCCCGGAUGGUGCGGGCGACUAGGGAGGUUAUCCUUAGUGCGGGCGUCAUUGGCUCGGCGCAGCUCCUCUUGCUGUCUGGGGUGGGGCCCAAGAAACACCUCACUCGUGUCGGCAUUCCCGUCGUCCUGGACCUGCCCGUCGGCCGGAAUCUCAAGGACCACGUCUCGGUCGUCGGGCACGUGUUCACGAUGAAGAAAGGCUCGAAUCUUGUCAACGACAUCGAGGUCCACUGGGCGGACCUUGAGCUCUGGAACCGCACUGGGGAUGGCCCAGCCGGCAGCUUUGGCCCCACCGCUGUCGGAUCGUUUUACCGCACCAAGCGCCAGCCCCCGGACGACCCCCGACCCGACGUCCAGCUGCAGGCGUCUGGCUUGGCCCUGAACCUGGCGUGGUUACCGAAGCUCGCCCAGGGCUGCCCAGCGGCCAUCCCGGACGUGGCGCACUACAACUUGCUGCACUUCCUUCCCGUGCUAGUGCGGCCGCGCAGCUCCGGCACCGUCACACUCCGCAGCGCCGACCCGCGCCGACCGCCCAUCGUCGACCUCAACCUGCUCGACGACAAGGAGGACCUGGCCGUCCUGGUGGACGGGCUGGACUUCUACACACGAAAGCUCGCCUCCUCGCGCGUCUUCAGAAAGAUGGGGUGAGC